AUGCCGCCACAACCGGCCAAGAGCACACCACGCCUCGACGUGGAAACGCUGAUUGAUCUCGCAAGCAGGAGAUGGAUGGCGGCGAAACUAACGAAAUUUGGAUCAGUAACCUCUCGAGACAUGAAUAGGAUCCCGGGUGCUCAUAGAAGAUUUUCCAUACUGCGAUUUGGCGGGGAGCAAGGUGGCCAAUCGAAAAGGUUCCUUCGGCGAGCAGAGACGGAUCCAUACGGGAAGGCCAAAAGUCGAGCCCGAGGCGAGCCGACCUACGUGGCACGCUCCGCGCAUAAGCUCAUCCAACUUGACAAACAGUUCCGGAUCUUCCCCCAACCUGCUCGCCCGGCGCCGAAAGCCGCUUUCCGGGUCCUUGAUCUUGGUGCCGCACCCGGAGGUUGGUCUGAGGUCGUACUUGAACGUCUGGCUCAAUUAAAACAUCAACACAGAUUGGUUGCAUGCGACCUGUUGCCUCUCCACCCUUCGAUCGGUUCCAAAGUCUCCAAGAACGUCGACUUUCAUUCGAUCCAGGGCGACUUCAUGGACGCCCAAGUGCGAGCAAAGAUAGUCGAGUUAUUAUUCGAUUCGACUGUUCAUGAUCAUCAUCACAAUCACGACUGUGGGGAAGACGAAGCACAGGAGGAGAUAAGCGAUCGACAAGGCAUCACGACGGUCAUUCUUUCGGAUAUGUUACAUUCGAUGACCGGAAUUCCAACUAGGGACUCACAAAACUCGCUAGAUUUGUCGGUCACAGUAGCAGAUCUUGCAAGAGACUUGAUUGCACCCAAAACCGACGGCUCUCGUUUCAGCGAUACCCUCAUCCUCAAACAUCUCCAAUCCGAGUUCACCCAUGAGUUUCGCGAGCGGCUAUUGGCCGAUUGGUUGCUUGUCAAGUGGGUAAAACCCUUGGCCAGUCGCUCCGAAUCCCGUGAAGGUUUUUUCGUGACCCGUGGCCGGCGAAAGUAA